UUUUAUCGUGCGGUUGUAUCUCGCGAUCGAAACUGUAUCAAACAAAUAAUCAAAUAUUCGCGCGAAUCGCUGGCCAUAAGUUUUAAAAUUCAAUUAUCAAAUUUGUUUAACUCAGCCAUAAGUUUCACAAUUUUAUAUCAAAGUUAACCCCUUUGGAAAAUGCGUUUGUCUGAAAGUAUAAAUAAUAAUAUAAACAUAGAUACAGUUCUCUAUUUGCUCGCCUGCUGAUUAUGACUGCGGUGUCAAUAUCAAAAUAAGCAGAAAGCUAAUUGCAUUGGACAGUAAAAAAAAGGACCGUCCCAUCAAAUGAGUAUUAAUUAAUGUAUGCAUUACACAAAAAGUGCAUUUAAAUACAGCAGAAGAGUAAUUAAUUUUUGUGGGAUUGAAAUGCUGCCCAGAAGCCCCUGAAGAUGUAUGGCACUACAUAAACAAGGAAAAGUCGAACUAAAGUGCAAGGUUUAGAGGAUAUAGUGUCCUCGUUAGGAUAGAUAACCGAAACAAAGGGCUAGUGCCAUGGCAAUGGAUCUAAUCGAGGAGGAAUCCCGCCUGGAAUUCUUGCCCGGGGCCGAGGAAGAAGCGGAAUUUGAGCGAUUGUACGCGGCUCCCGCUGAGAUUGUGGCCCUGCUGUCCAUCUUCUAUGGGGGAAUCAGCAUUGUGGCUGUCAUUGGCAAUACCUUGGUCAUCUGGGUGGUGGCCACCACGAGGCAGAUGCGAACUGUGACGAAUAUGUAUAUCGCUAAUUUGGCCUUUGCCGAUGUGAUCAUUGGCCUCUUUUGCAUACCAUUUCAGUUCCAGGCUGCCCUGCUGCAGAGUUGGAACCUGCCGUGGUUCAUGUGCAGCUUCUGCCCCUUCGUCCAGGCCCUGAGUGUCAAUGUAUCCGUGUUCACGCUGACCGCCAUUGCAAUCGACCGACAUCGGGCCAUCAUUAAUCCACUCAGGGCACGUCCCACAAAGUUCAUAUCGAAGUUCAUAAUCGGAGGAAUUUGGAUGCUGGCUCUGCUGUUUGCCGUGCCCUUUGCCAUAGCCUUUCGGGUUGAGAAGUUGACCGAAAGGUUUCGUGAGAACAAUGAGACCUUCAAUGUGACGCGGCCAUUCUGCACGAACAAAAACCUAUCCGAUGAUCAAUUGCAGUCGUUUCGGUACUCCCUGGUCUUUGUUCAGUAUCUGGUUCCAUUCUGUGUCAUCAGCUUUGUCUACAUCCAGAUGGCUGUCCGUUUGUGGGGCACUCGUGCCCCGGGCAAUGCACAGGAUUCCCGGGACAUAACCCUGCUGAAAAACAAGAAAAAGGUCAUCAAAAUGCUUAUUAUCGUGGUCGUUAUCUUUGGACUCUGCUGGCUGCCACUGCAGCUCUAUAAUAUUCUCUAUGUUACGAUCCCGGAAAUCAACGACUAUCACUUCAUUAGCAUCGUCUGGUUCUGCUGUGACUGGCUGGCGAUGAGCAAUAGUUGUUACAAUCCCUUUAUUUAUGGCAUCUACAACGAAAAGUUCAAGCGGGAAUUUAAUAAGCGCUUCGCCGCCUGCUUCUGCAAGUUCCAGACGAGCCUGGACGCCCACGAGAGGACCUUCUCGAUGCACACCCGCGCCAGCUCCAUAAGGUCCACCUACGCCAACUCCUCGAUGCGAAUACGGAGUAAUCUGUUUGGUCCGGCCCGGGGUGGGGUCAACAAUGGGAAGACGGGUUUGCAUAUGCCACGGGUGCACGGGAGUGCUGCUAACAGCGGGAUUUACAACGGAAGUGGAGGGCAAAACAACAAUGUCCAGGGUCACCAUCAUCCGCAUCAAAGUGUGGUUACCUUUGCUGCGGCUCCAGGUGUUUUGGGCACGGGAGGUGCGAGUGCUGGUAGUUCUGCCUCAAUGCCUCCGUGGCGCAGGAACAAUUUUAAGCCCCUACAUCCGAAUGUGAUCGAAUGCGAGGACGACAUGGCACUCAUGGAGUUGCCAUCGACGACGCCGCCCAGCGAGGAGAUGGCCUCCGGGGCAGGUGUCCAGUUGGCCCUGCUAAGCAGGGAGAACUCCAGCUGUAUUUGCGAACAGGAGUUUGGCAGCCAGACCGAGUGCGAUGGCACCUGCAUCCUCAGCGAGGUGUCACGGGUCCACCACCCGGGCUCCCAGGCGAAGGAGAAGGAGGGAGGCAAGAGCCUGUGGCAGCCGCUUUAAUUUAAACUAGAGUGAUUAAGUUAUAGCCGUGUUCCAAUGACACAUUCUGUGAAAAAAUAUAGGUUGAGCAGGGCUAAAAAUACAAGCCCCAUAGGAUACGCCAUUCAUAUCCCCAAAGAAUUCAAGUAGAUUGUAGAGAAAUAGCUAGAAAACAACCGUCAAAGUCAUAUGCCUUUGUGUAUAUUUUUCAACCGAACAAAAAAUACCUUCUAAUAAGUAAAUGUGCCAUUGGAACAUGUCUACUAACCUCUGUGAUUUCGUCUUAAUGAAUUGUGAUUACAAGUCCCAUUGCUGAUAAUUGGUUCGCAAAAGGAUAUGUAUUGAAUGAGUGUGAAUGCUGGUCGUCAGCCAUGUACAGUAUUAUAAAUAAUUGCAACUUCAAGUUACGUUCCUUAAAGCAUAAUAUGUAUAUUCAAAUUUUAAACACGCAGAACUUUGUCCAAAAACAUUGUGUUAAAUCGAUUGUUUAACGUUCUGUCAAAGCCAAGAUUCACCAACUACCAACAAAACUAACUUAAAUAAGCACCGGAAAUCAAUUAAGUAGCAUUAAAUUAAAUUAUUAAAAUAGUUAUUUAACAAAAAUUUGAUUAUGUAUUAAAACAAAAGCACGCAGCUGGAAGUACGCAAAUGGAAUGUACAAUAUUUGUCAUUAAAAAAAAAACAGAAAGGCUAAUUAAUGUAAUUAUUAUUGUAUUAAAUUACCAACCGAAAACGAAUAAACAUUUCGAGUCAUUAAGCAAACCAGUAAAA